AUGGUGCGUUGUCGCAUAGGAGGCGGCGACAAAUGUCGUGUUGAAGUUGACACUGACUGGAUAGUGCGAGCUGGCAUUCGAACGCUCCAGAGGAAUUACGACCGGACAGAAGAAGAUAUCAAAUCAUUGCAGUCCGUUGGACAGAUUAUUGGCGAAGUCCUUUGCCAGCUGGAUCCUGAGCGAUACAUUGUCAAGGCAUCGUCAGGCCCUCGGUAUGUCGUGGGUGUACGUGCUAUUGUGCCAAGAUCCAAAUUGGUGCAAGGUGUGCGGGUAUCGCUAGAUAUGACAACACUCACCAUCAUGCGUAUCCUGCCACGCGAGGUGGACCCACACGUAUACAAGAUGAGCACAGAGGACCCUAGUGGUGCAUCGUUCGCAGGGAUUGGUGGCUUGAGCGAGCAGAUUCGUGAGCUGCGCGAGGUGAUUGAGUUGCCACUUCUCAAUCCCGAGCUUUUCGAGCGAGUGGGAAUCAAGUCGCCGAAAGGUGUGCUGCUGUAUGGUCCACCGGGCACAGGCAAGACGCUCUUAGCACGUGCUGUCGCCGCAACACUCGACACAAACUUCCUAAAGGUUGUGGCUAGCGCGAUUGUUGACAAGUACAUUGGUGAAAGUGCACGUCUUGUCCGUGAAAUGUUCGCCUAUGCGAAAACGAAAGAGCCAUGUAUUAUCUUUAUGGACGAAAUCGAUGCCAUUGGUGGGCGUCGAUUCAGCGAGGGAACAAGUGCAGACCGAGAAAUCCAGCGCACACUGAUGGAGUUGCUGAAUCAAAUGGAUGGAUUUGAUCAGCUCGGAAAGACAAAAGUCAUUAUGGCGACGAACCGGCCAGACACUUUGGAUCCUGCGCUGCUCCGACCUGGGCGCAUUGACCGUAAGAUCGAGAUUCCUCUCCCGAAUGAACAGAGCCGUCUGGAGAUUCUCAAAAUUCACACGCGCCCAAUUGCCAAGAGGGAUGAGUUGGACUACGAAGCUAUUGUGAAGCUGUCAGAUGGCUUCAACGGAGCAGACUUGCGCAAUGUAGCGACAGAGGCUGGUAUGUUUGCGAUCCGUGCGGAUCGAGACUAUUGUAUCCAAGAAGACUUCAUGAAAGCGGCACGCAAGCUGCAAGAAGCGAAGCGCCAUGAAAGCAAGAUUGAUUACUCUGCUAUUUGA